CGGAGGCUGCUUCGCCACGCUCGGUCUCCACCUGCCCCAAUCUCCGCUUCUCCAGGCCGUCAUCCCCAACCCACCAGAUGAUCGGGCCCGACGGGGUCGACUUCUUCGCCGGCAACGGCGCCUUGGGGUUCGGCUCCGGCGUCAGGGACCUUAACAUGGUAGGGCCGUUCAAGCUGGUCCUCCUCCCGCUCCUCACGCUGCUCUUCCCCUCCCCCUCCCCCGCAAGUGCCGCCUCGCAGUCCCCGCUCGCGGCCACCUCCAACGCCUCCUCCCACGCCUACGCCCGCCCCGUAUCCCACCUUCUUCGACGACGUCGUCGACGCCGUCGCCGACAAGUAUGGCUGCACCCCGACGCCGAGGUCCAAGUCUGGCCACUAGACGCCAAGGGCGUGCUCGUCGGUGCCGUGCAGUGCUAUGUGUUUUGCGCCCACGCAAGGGGCGCCGCGGGCGCGCUAGCGUGGGCCUCUGAUGGGGCCGUCGAUUGGAGCCGCUCUAAUGCCCCCACGGUGGAGGAGGUGGUCGGGCCCGACGGGGUCGACUUCGUCGCCGGCGAUGACGCCCUGGCGUUCGACUCCGGCGUCACGGACCUGAACAUGGCAGGGCCGUUCGAGCUGGUGGUCUCCGAUGAAGCUGGUGAGGGCCUCGCAGAGCUCCAAUUGCUGUCGGUGAGUGUUGUUUAACUUUUAGCUUUUCUGUUGCUUCAGAUUUUUGCUUCUGGUUGGUUGCUUGCUAUUCUGUUGAAGUUGUGUCACCUUUAAGAUGAAGCAGUUACUACAAUUGGUGAAUGGUCUAGCGGCUACAUACCCCUUUUCUGUUUGUGAAUUGAAUUGAUUGCUAUUGUUGUAGUGUCUCCUCUCUAUUUAGUACAGAUAUAUCUGGUUUAAUUUUUGUUUUGUGUACAUUGUGUGGAUUGGAACUAUUUUCUCCUACAUUUGCGGGUAAAUUUGCAAGGAUAUGCAACAAAAUUGAGCAUCAACUCCUUUAGUGUGUGAGGUGCGCUGAACAUCAACUCCUUUAGUGUGUGAGGUGCGCGUGGCUGACCGAUAUGUGUGAAGUGUGUGAGGAUAGAUUUAUUCACAUUCUUCCAAUUUCGAGAGAGGAGGAUAACUCAGUAGUACUGCCAAUUUUGGCACGCAAUGUUCGUUUUUCAAAUUCACCAUGAUUGGUAAUGUUGUUUAGUACUGUAAACUUUGUCAUGGUUCAAUAAAUAGGCAGUUAAUUUUU